AUGGACCCAGAGGAAUCCUUUCCGGGCUACGAGCAGACCUUGCCCGUGCUGUCCCGACCUCCAGCGACAACGGUCUGGCGGGCCGCCAGCGAGAGCCCCCAAUCCCAGUUCCAGCCCGACCCCGCGACCGUCCCUCCGACCAGCACUCUCGCCUCAGCUGAGAUACCGCCUAUCAGCUCGGCUGCACCGGCAGCAUCCCAACCGUCAGCUACACAACCUUCACAGGCGGGUCCAACAACCAAAACGGAGCGCAAUGCAGCUUCCAAGGUUCGCAAGCCGCGCAAAGCCGCCAAUGCGUCAGCCGGGAAAUCGACGUUGUUCUGGGUCCAUACAGACCCAGAUUCGGCCUCUGGGGGUACGAAGGAGGAAACGUUGAAGCGGAUUCGAUCCCAUGUGAUGUCGGAACAUAACAGGAAGAAACGGUUGGAGAGUACCAAGCGAUAUAAGGGCAAAUCAUGGAAGCACCUGGCCUUCCAGCCGCCAGAGACAGUCCCUGGGGCCAUGGGGCCGUCCCCUCCGCUCUCCUCGGCAUCCUCUCAGGGCUCCCAAAUGGUCGAAGAGGGGGAAACGAAGCAGGAGUUGACUCCUAUCUACGCCAGUCCCAUGGAAUAUUACUCCGACCUACCCCAACAGUCAUGGAUGAACGAUGGGGUGGUGGGCUACCAGGAUCAAGCAGCGUCACCGGCACUUUGGACUGUGAUUGGAUCAGGUGCCCACGAUCCAUUCAAUACUGGGCAUACACAGCUCACAGAUCGAAUGAUGCGAUACUUGCAAAAUUUCCUUUGGGAUCUGACACAAGAAGCGCAUCCAUUGCAGACUCGGUAUAAGCCAAAGCUGCAAGCCCACUGGGCCGCCCUCAUUCAACGCGACCCGGCCGUUCUGCAUGCGACAAUAUGCGUGGCUACUUCCAAUGCGGCCAUGCAGCGGGGGGAGCUACCCGUUCGAGACCCGAAUCAGAGACGUAGCGCGCUGGUAGUAGACACUUUUCAUCAUCGGGGUGAAACUAUUCGCUUGGUCAAUGAGGGCUUGUCAGAUCCCGUGAAGGCUUCAAGUGAUGAAUUGAUCGCUGCGGUAUCUGCACUCUUGACGAUUGAGAUUGCUUCGGGAAACCCAGACUAUCUCAAAAUUCACUUGGCAGGCUUGCGACAAAUGAUCGGAUUGCGCAAGAACUUUGCCGAGGUUCCACCAGACGUCCGCUUCCAGAUAUCAUGGACGGAUAUUCGAGUCGCAUGUAUGGCAAUGACCAGGCCCAUAUUCCCCUUUGUCCGAUCCACCCGCCCCUUGGGAUUCUCCCUGGUACCGCCCAACGACGACGUCGCCCUACUCGCCACCCGCUUACUUCCAUUAAUCAAGAUCCCUGGAAUAUUCAGUGAAUCUUUUGCUAAAAUAAUAUACGACCUGCUCGAACUUUCUUGGUAUGCAGAGUGGAUCAAGGGCAGCAUGGGAUACAAGGAGUUCAAUGACGAGACCGAGGACUACUUCAACUUCGAGGUGCUCUACGUCGAGUAUUCUCUACACGCAGACCGAUACACGUCCACCGGCCACACUAAGGGCGAUAAUUCCAUUGAAGGAUGCUGCCGGCUGGCUUGUCUGUGCUUCCACAACAGCGCUAUCUGGAGUUUCUACCCUAUGAUUGCACCUCUACUCCCCAAACCCAUCCUUGCACUCCGCGCAGCCCUCGAGGCCACCAUCCCCUCCGGCGUCUUUGCCCUCUGCCGCGACCUUUUAAUCUGGCUGCUAUUCAUUGGCGCAGCAUGCAGUCAAGUCAUGCCGUCGGAACGCACCUACUUUGUAACGGAGCUCGCAACAGCCUGCCGUCUACAUGGCGUGACAUCUUGGCAGGAAGCCCGGUCCAUCCUGCUCGGCUUUUUCUAUGCCGAUCGCGUCCACCUGCCAAUGCUGCGUCAGAUAUGGCAGGAGGUUCAGCUGCAGGAGGACCCGCUGCCUGCAUGA